UUGAACAGUAGGCAAGACCAAGAUCUGACCAACGGCCACUGCCUUUUCGGCAUCCUGCUCAUCGGCACUCCACUUCUCUCUACCGACGACGACCACCACCACCAGAUCGGAGAUCGAAUCUCUCGAUUCUUCUUUCGUUUUCUUGAAUGUCCUGCCAUGGCGGCGGAGGCAGAGAUGGAGUUCGGAAGCAUGAAGAGGAAGGAGCUUCAAGCUCUCUGCAAGAAGCACGGGAUUCCGGCGAACAAGACCAAUCGGGAAUUGGCGCUUCUCUUGACCAUAGCCCUUAAGGUGAACGAAGCUCCGGUGAGACGAAGCCAAGACGAAGGUGAAGAUUUGGACGAGGAGGAGAAUGAUACGGAAGUUCCCCGGAAGCGAGUGAGGUUUAGCCCUGAAGUGGAAACGCGAGAAUAUGAGCCAACUGCUUGCAAACAGAAAGGUAGGACUACUAGGGCGAGUGCUAAGGUGAAAAAGGCUAACCCUUGUGUUCAUGUGGAUGAGGCUUCCAAGAACUUGGAGAAAGAUGAACCUGGAAAUGUUGGGCGAAGACGGAAAAGAAAUGCCCCCAAGGGCACAGAUUCUGAACCCAUGUUGGUCACGGAAUCGAAAUCAAGUGGAGUGAGUGGGAGGAUCACAAGGCGUGCAGCUAGAAGCCAGUCCACUUGUAAUACUUCGGCAGUCAACGAAGAAGAAGAUCACUGCGAUGUUAUUGAUGCGGGAGAAUCUCUUGACAGAGCGAAAAGAUAUCCUUCUCGUCGGCAAUGUGUAGUGAUCCAAACCGACAAAUUCGGAACUGCUGAACUAGAGCUGAAAGGCAAAACCAGUAAACGGUCUAGUAAAGGUGAGUUAGAAUCAGAUAUGGAUGCUCAAGCUUCUGCAGAUGCUAAAGACGAUAAGACCGAGAAGGCUUUAGCACCUGCUGGCAAUCUGAGAAGGUCCAGGCAGAAGACUGUUGUUUUGGGUACUACUAACAUUGAGUUGGGAUCUAACACGAAUGCUGAAGCUUCUAAAGAAGAUGUUAUUGAGAAGGUUUCAGCACCCGUUGCAAAUUUGAGAAAGUCCAGGCGCAAGGGUGUUGUUUUGGGUGCUAAUAAUCUAGCUAACGAAGUGGGAGAUAGCAAGUCUGUUGUGGUGGAGGAAAUACCCACGUUGGUCAUAGAAUCAAAAUCAAGUGAAGUGAGAGGGAGGAUCACAAGGCUUAGAAGCAGAAGCCAGUCCACUUGUAAUAAUUCGGCAGUCAAAAAAGAAGAUCAUAAUGAGGUACCCAUCGAGGGGGAAUGCCCUGUGGGAGCAGAAGGAUAUCCUUCUCGUCGGCAAUGUUUAGUGACCCAAACCGAUAAAUUCGAAAGUGCUGAACAGGAGCUGAAAGGAAAAACAAGUAAGCGUUCUAGAAAAGGCGAGUUAGAAGUAAAUGUGAGUGCUCAAGCUUCCGCAGAUGCUGAAGUAGAUACGACUGAGAAGGCUUCAGCACCCGCUGAAAAUCUGAGAAGGUCCAAGCGGAAGACUGAUGUUUCGGAUACUAGUAACAUUGAGUUAAGGGCUAUUAAUCCAGUUGAUGAAGCGGGAGAUGACAAGUCCGUUGUAGUGGAGGAAAUACCCAAGCACGUGAACAGGAAAUCCACCAGACAGAAAUUUGGUGUUCUUAAGGAGGAUAAGUCCAAAGGUGCACAAGAAAAGUUAAGAGGGAAAGCCUUUCCUAGUAAUGUGUCUAGUAACUCCAAGUUGGAAGUAUUUAUGGUGGAUGAAGCUUCUGUAGUGGAUAAUCUGUCGAAGGUUUCAUCACCCGUUGUAAAUCUCAGACGGUCCAGGCGGAAUACUAACCUUGACGAAGUGCAAAAAUCUGAAGCUUUUCGGUUGGAAGAAUCUGCCAAGGCCGUCGUCAGAAAUUUCUCUGGUCUAAGUGAAACUGAUGCAAAAGAGUUGAAACGCAAGGCUGAUACGCUGUUAAGAAACUCGGGGUUGGAAGUGAUUAUGGAAAUUGAGCCUUCUGCAACUUCAAAGGAGAACAUUAAGGCCCAGAAGGCUCCUUUACCAACUGGCAAUCUCCGAAGAUCCAGGCGGAAGACUUCAGUGUUGAGUCCUAUUUGUGAAGAUAAUGCAGUGGGAACUAUAGAGGCUGUUGGAAGCCUUUGCCAAAUUGGUGAACAAGUUUCUGGAAAUGAUGUCGAACCAACCAAUGAAUCUAGGCAUACUUCAAAUGAAACAGGAUUCACUACUGAUGUUGUUGGAGAGAUUGACCGGCAGAGCUGUAAAGGAAAGCGAGCUCGUCUGGGUACUCAAGUGGUUAAGAGGGAAUCUGUGGUUGGUAAGCUUAGACAAUCAGCACGAGUUAACUUGAAAAGCAGCAAGGCUGGAUCUCCUGGAUUUAGAAAAACAGCUGAGAAGGAGCAACAUACUACUAUCAAAUUGCCGGUUACAGCCAAGGAAGCUAAUAAGUCUGCUGAGAACGUAAUACCCGUAGAAGAAUCGCCCACGAAAGUAGUAGAAAUUGGCCAGUCGGAAUCUGUACCUGAUAAAGGUUCUGUUGAUACUGGGGAAAAGAUAGAGGGAACUCCAUCUCUAUCAUUCUCCAAGUUGGUAGGUUCUUCCAGACAUCAAGGACUGCCAAGAUCAUACGCUCACAGUGAAAAAAAUCACACUGAAGUUAAAGAGGAAGUAAACGUUGGUUUCGUGUCUGUCUUAUCUAAAGAGAAACUGGAUUUACUCCAUUCAUCUGGAGAAGGAGGUUGUCUGGUUUCUCCAGAGAGGAACAAAUCAAGUGAAAGAUCUGAAAAUUUGAAGGAAAUUUCAGGUGGACUAUCAUUCAAGCUAGUGGGAGGGUUGAUGGACGAAGAAAUAGCAGGGUCUUCAAGAAACCCGGCAUCUAUGAGGCAUGAGGCCAUUCCUUCAGGAGAUGAUUGUGAUCAAUGGGCCCGAGAUAUUGCUAUUGAGGGUGACAAAGAUGAGCAAUUGGGUCGAAAUUUGGAAAUGUCUGAAGAGCUUAACCAUGGUAAUUUAGGUGAACCUGAACAGCCUACAAUUGAAAGCAGAGCCGCUGAUGUGGAUGAUUUAUCGUCUGAGAAUCAAUUGCCGUUAGUUGGUGAAUUCUCAAGUCCUCUGGCGUUCAAGGAAGCAAAGGGAAGAGAAGAGCUCCAUGGAAAUGAAGAUCAGCCCAUUGUAUCCAACAAAAAUCCAAUUCCUGGCUAUGAAUUUACGGAACCUGAGGUUCCACAGAAUCAGGAGGACACUACCUUCGACCAGAAGUUUUCACAGGCGGGUCAGGAGUUGUUCAUUAAGAAUGCAGCAAAUGUGUUUGAAACUGAUAAAAAUAAUGACUUUUCUUUCGAAGAUGACAUGAACAAGAAAGGAGGGAACUCCAGGAGACUGAAAUUGGAGAAGCUGCAAACUGAGAUGAUGUCCCCUAAAGCAGCUACAGGAAGCACUGCUAGAAUUACUGGGGCUUUUGAUACUCACAAACCACAAUUUUCUAUUGAUGACUUGGAAACAGGAAUUGCUCAAAAUCUAGGUGCCCUAGACGUGCAGGAAAACGAGGCCACUGUCGAGGACAAAUUGGAAAGAAACUAUCCAGCAUCUGAAGUGACUGGUGGACCUUCCUUGAUACUACAGAAUGUUUCGGCAUCCCCAAGCAGCAAUGGUAUAGAGAUUUUUCAGCUUCCUUGGGAGGUUGAUAGUAGUAAAUUAACAGACAUUGAUAAUUGUCCUAAAACUACUGAAAGUAUGGAACUUCCUGACGGGUCUAGUAAAAAAGGGCAAACGGAGAUGCAAGAACUAGAAAUUGUAGAAGUUCCCUUGGAUGGUACUGACUGUUGCGACGGAAACCCUCCCUCAAUUGAAAAUGGCUGGAACUGUUCUGACGUGGAGGCUGCCAAAGGGGAGGACUGUUCACAUACUAUUGGGGAAGAAGUUGAAGGUUCAGGGAAGGAAGAUAACCCUCCUGGCUCCUCCAGCUAUUGCUAUGAACAAUUCCUUGAGAAUCAAGGCUCUACACUUCCCUCAGAUAACCUGAAUAUUAUAGAUGCUCGUCAGUCGUCUAUGGUAAAAGCUCUUGAUGGAGUGUUGGAGCAAUUAGCAAAAGAGGAAGCUGAGACAACCUCUGCUGAUUUGAGCUGUUGCAAGGAUCCCACUGUGAGCAAGAAUGACGGUUCAGAGGCAAAUUCUAUUCGGGUCCUAUGUCAAGAAAGUGCACCUUCCGUUGGAGAGAGAGUGCAUCUAAUGGUUGACAGGUUAAUAGACAUGAAUGUAUUGAAUCAAGAGAAAAGUAUGUCUGAAACCGAAGAAGAUGACAGUGGCCAGAAGGAGUCCACCAAUGUGUUUCGUGCUGAGGAAUAUCAGGACUUCUGUGGAGAUGAUGAAAUGAAUGAGAAAGGAAGGAGUUCCAGGAUUUUGAAAUCUGACAAGGUGGAAAAUGGAAGGACUUGGGUCCCUGGUUCAACAUUUUCUGAGUGCAGCAGAGACAGUCCUGUGGAAAUUAAUGAAACUGAUCAAACUACAUGCGUCCAGGAGAUUAGCAACCAAGCUAAUGAGGCGGCACUCGCUUCCCAGAAAGACAACAAUGAUUUAGAGGUUCCCCAGUUUUCUGGGCUGGCUGAUGUUGAGAGAUUAACAAAUAUUGAAAUUCUGGACGUUUAUGAAGGGGUUUCUAAAGAAGUGGAAAAGGAGCUGCAAGCAGCAACAGCAAAUGAAGAAGAUUCCUCCUUAGAAGUUACCCAGGAGCUGGUCAUAAACCGUCUCUCAAUUGAAAAUAGCUGUAACUACGAGGCAGUUGAAGAGACUAAAGUCCUUGACAAAAGCUCUGGCCUUUCUUCUACUGGAGCAUCUUUUCAUGAAGAAACUGAAUCCAUGGGGUUGAAUCUACUCUUUGAGGGCCAAGAUGGAGAAGCGAAUCAAGUAACGACAAGCAUCAGCGAACAAAAUGCCUCCUCCUCACCAGGGAUUGCAGUAAGAGAACACAAUAAUGAAAGGAUGACUAAAGAUCAGCAGGAGGGUGAUAUGGUGGAUGAUGCAUCAAUAAUGUCCUCUCCAUUCUGCAUUCCGUUAGCCAACUCAUUUGCACCUCUCUGUUUUGAUAUUUCUCCUGGUACUGCAACAAUGGAGGUGGAUAAGUUGCCGCCAUCAUCAUUAUCAUCCCCACCUCAGAACGCCAGUAGUAACCACGCAGGGAAAGAUGGGGCAGCCAUUAAUGACAAGACGAGUCUGCCAUCACCCCGAACUGGAGGAACAGAUGAUGCAUCAAUAACGUCCUCUCCAUUCUGCAUUCCGUUAGCCAACUCAUUUGCACCUCUCUGUUUCGAUAUGUCUCCUCGUAGUGCAACAAUGGAGGUGGAUAAUUUGUCGCCAUCAUCAUUAUCAUCCCCACAACAGAAGUCUAGUAGUAACCACGCAGGGAAAGAUGGGGCAGCCAUUGAUGACGAGAAGAAUCUUCUGCCAUCACCCCAAACUGGACGAGUGGAGGACGAUAGAGGUGAAGACAAGCAAGAGAAAACACCAUGGAGCCUAGAAUUGGAGCUGUUGGGAUCACCAAAAGUGCCCAGAACUUCUCCUGUUCCAGGCGCUGCUUCUGGUUCAGGAAUGAAGGGUAAGUUGGCAUCACCAUCAUCAUCACCACCAGCUUUCAGAACAAGGAAAAAACCUGCAGUUGUCCGGAGGACGACGGGGAAAAUCUUUGUGCAAGAUAUGAAGGAAAAUGCUGGAAGAAGCAAGUUAGAUGUGCUGCGGCAGCAGCUUGGCAACGUGACCGCUCCGUCGAAGAGCUUGGUUCCGGGCGGCGCCACCAGAAGGCGACCUCUUCAAGAACUUGCCACCAGGAGGAAGGAUUAAAGGCUUCUGCAACUCUGUUUUCUCAUCCUCUGCUGAUUUACUUAUCAGUGUUGUUUAUGUGUUAGGACAUUGUUCAAAGGCAAUUCUCAUGCCGUUGUUUUUUUGUUUUUUAAUCGUUUUUGAGAUUGGGUGUGUAAUUAUUAAUCAUCCACAAAAAACUACUGAUCUGGAUGUAUAUCGGUAAAACUCCAAAAGACCAAAACCAUGAACUUAAUACUCUCCUAAAAUGUAACAGCUAUAGUUUUGUGUUAAUCAGGAUUUUUUUGACGAGAUGAUUAUUGAUUUGGUUUUUGUCAUUGUAGGAGUGGUGAGAAGAAGUAAAGAAUUCUGGCUUUCAUGAA